AUGUUUGACCUAGCUGAUGUAUACCACGCUUAUCAAGUGAUCCGUACGCACGGCAUACCCGACGAAAACAUAAUAGUCAUGCACUACGACGACCUGGCUGACCAUAAAUCAAACCCAACCCCUGGAAUUGUGGUCAACAAAAUCAACGGCACCGAUGUCUACAAAACGCCAUAUCAAGUGCCAAAACACUACACUAAGGCUGACGUCACGCCAGAGAACUUUUUGGCUCUACUUCGAGGGGACGAGGAGUUGGAGAAAAAGGGCAAAAAAGUAGUUAAAAGCGGACCCAAUGACCGUAUAUUUGUAUACCUUGAUGACCAUGGUGGUCAUGAGACCGUGGCGUUUCCCAGUAGUGUACUCCACGCUAAGGACUUGAAUGAUAAUCUCAAGGCUAUGCAUAAGGAUAAUAAGUAUAAGGAACUUGUGUUUUAUCUGGCUGCAUGUUACGCAGGCUCAAUGUUUUACAAAGACUUACCGGCUGACAUUAAUGCUUAUGCCUUAGCGGGAACUCGGCCUGAUGAGUUAGGGUGGUUCAGCAAUUGCGGGCCAUCUAAAUACAACACGUGUCUAUAUGAUCUUGCUGUCGCAUUUGCGAUUAUGUGGUUGAAUGACACCGAUAGUCAUGAUUUGAACAAGGAAGUAUUAAAUGAUCAAUAUGAGUAUCUUAAGAGUAGAGGUGAUAUUGAAAAUCAGCAUGCUCAGCAAUAUGGCGACCUGACUAUUGCCAAGGAGCAUGUGAUAAAAUACGUUGAUGAAUUGAAUAGUCUAUUGAAUGGCCGAAAAUUAAUGGACAAACAGAUCGAGGAAUACGUGAAUGAAUUGCCGGCAAUUGACGCCAAUAUCGCAUUGAAUGGCAAACUAGAGCUCAAUAACAGAGAUUGCUAUCGAAAACUGGUCGACACGUUCAAUGAUAACUGCUAUACAUUUGGACAGAAUACAUACGGAAUCCAAAAACAGCAUAUAUUUGUGAAUAUUUGCGAACAAAUGCGUGACUCGAGUGAUGCGGACAUUGCUGUCAACCGAUUGAUACAACACUGCGAUAGAAAUGUUAUGAAAACCAAUAAUAUUAUAUAAAAUUAUAUUUUUAAAUGAAAUUUUAAAAAUAAAUUAAUAAGCAAUUCUAAA